GCACACAUCGCAAUGCGUGAUUAUAGUGCGAGCUAUGUCGAACGCGACGAACAUUUCGCAAAAAAUCCGCACCAAAAGCUCAUGUCGGAUCGAUGGGCGAAGAAAAGGCUAUCCGAUGCGAGUAUGGGGAGAUCGACCGCCAGCGUUAAGGGGUACACCGAAAAUCCAGACCCCCAAAUUUUGGAUGAUUACGAUUUCUUUUACAAAACGACCAAAAGUUUGCUGGUGUUGUUCCAAAUUAUGGGUGUCAUGCCGAUCGAGAGGUCGGGAAUUGCGAACACUACAUUCAGAUGGACAUCAAAAACCGCCAUUUACGCAUACUGCAUUUACACCGUGGAGACUAUCUUCGUACUGCACGUACUCAGAGAUAGAAUAUUCUUACUUCUGGAGGAAGGCAGAAGAUUUGAUGAAUACAUCUACGGCAUUAUCUUCAUUAGCAUACUAAGUCCUCAUUUUCUAUUACCAAUUUUGGCAUGGACAAACGGAAAAGAAGUAGCAAAGUUUAAGAACAUGUGGACACGAUUUCAGUAUAAAUACUACGAAAUCACCGGAAUACCUCUACUAUUUGAAAAGCUCACUUUGAUCACUUACGGGCUAUGCCUCUUUUCGUGGGCUCUUGGAGUUGGUGUCAUGUUGGCACAGUACUAUCUGCAGGAAGACAUGGAACUUUGGCAUACGGGUGCCUAUUACCAUAUACUGGCAAUGUUAAAUUGUCUCUGCUCGUUGUGGUUUGUUAACUGCACCUGUAAGGGGAUCGCCGCCAAAGGUUUGGCCGAUAGUCUUCACGAUGCCUUGGAAUCGCAGAACGCGGCAACACGCCUGGCGGAGUAUCGUGAUUUAUGGGUGGACUUAUCGCACCUAAUGCAACAAUUGGGAAAGGCGUACAGUGGAAUGUAUGCUCUGUACUGCCUGCUAGUUUUACUAACGACAAUAGUUGCCAGUUAUGGGUGCUUAACGGAAAUAUUAGAUCGUGGGUUGUCAUUCAAAGAGCUGGGUCUAUUCGUAAUCACCAUCUACUGUUUGGGAUUGCUCUACAUUAUCUGCAACGAAGCCUACCAUGCGUCCAGAAAGAUGGGGCCCGGUUUCAGAGAACGGCUCUUAAAUGUGAACCUGAACGCAGUCGAUGUCCGAACAAGACAAGAGGUGAACAUGUUUCUCACCGCAAUUGACAAAAAUCCUCCCAUAAUGAACUUAAAUCAAUACGCGAAUGUAAAUCGCCGACUGCUGUCAUCGGUGAUCACCUCAGUCUCUACGUACCUCGUCAUGCUGAUGCAAUUCAGAUUUACUCUUCUGCGAAACGCGUCUUUGGCGGCGCGUAGAGCAAAAUUAAGAGGAAAUUUCAACGAAACCGUAUUUUAAGCAUUUGAUUACACAAAUACCAGAGAAAGACCUUUAGUGUAACCUUUGGGGGUCGCCGAAUAUCACCGGAUCCUUGCACUUGCACCAAUGUCACAAGAUCAGGAACGAAGAGUGACGAAAUACUAAACAGCAACGCAAUAAAUACCUUAACUAAUACAGGGUGCAAAGCACGUGCCUUUUUAGCAGCUCAUAAAUAUUAAUGAGGUCAAUAUUUGG